GCGGCGUGUCGCUUCCUUACGCGCCGCUCUCCGGUCCCGGAAGGAGGAAGAGGGUUCCACAGAGGGAAGAGAAGAAAGUGUGUUGACAGCGGAAACAAGAUCUGAGUCACGGAGGCAGAUUGAACUCUUCUCUCUCCUCAUCUGUCCCGGGUCGGGUGUUGGUGUCUGGACUCAGCAGGAGCCCUCAAGGGAUGGAACAUGGCCACAACUGAAAUACAGCUUAUGUUAAGCGUCGGGUUGAUCGAGAAAGAUGUGAAUGGAGACACACUGUGGGUGUGGUGCUUCCCCUCCGUGGACUCAGGCGUGAGGCAAGUCCUGCUCAGUAAGUGCUGUCUGACGCAGCAUGGCCGGGACAUCCACACCUUUGUGUUUGGUCAGUUCACUCGUAUGUGGUACUACAUCACCACAGUGGAGGUGCAGGAGCCCACAGCGCUAAAAAAGGUUACUCAUUUUUCAAUAGUUGUUACAGCAAAAGACUUCAACCCGGAGAAGUACGCUGCUCUCAGUAGAAUCCUCUGCAGGAUGUACAUCAAAUAUGGCAGCCCAGUGAAGAUGAUGGAGGCGUACCUCACUGUUCUUACUAAAGGAAUCUGUCAGAGUGAUGAAAAUGGCUCGUUUGUCAUUAAGGACUACGACGUGCGGAAGGCGUACCUGGCUGGUUCAGUCAAAGAUGUGGUGUCUCAGUUUGGUUUGGAGACUAUCAUCCUGUACACCGCUCUCAUGCUGAAGAAGAGGAUCGUCGUCCAUCACCCUCGUAUUGAAGCGUUGUUGGAGUUUACAAGAGUUCUGCCGGCUCUGACGUGGCACAGGAAGGACUGGUCCAUCCUGCACCCCUACGUGCACCUGACCGAUCCUGAGCUAGAGGAUUUAAAGAAAUGUCCCGGUUAUGUUGCAGGAUUUGUGGAUCCGGAAGUGAGCAACAGAUCGGACUUGUUUGAUGUGUACGUGAACCUCCCUGACAGCGUCAUCACAGUUUCCCAGGAUGCCAAAGACGCCAUGACUAUGGGGAAGUUACACAAGGAGGUUGGUCUCCUCAUCGUCCAAUCAGCGGAGGACAGUGAGAGGUCAGACAGUCAGGUGAUCAAGGACAUCUCUGUGAAGACCAAAGAGAUCCUCGCAAACCUGGUCGCCCUGGCAGACGAGUGUGAAGACUCUAAAAUCACUCUGGAGGGUUUGAAGCAGCAUCACUUCCCCCCUGCAACAGAGAACUUCCUCUUUCAUUUGGCAGCGGCUGAGCAACUCUUAAGGAUAUAAACCUGUUUUCAGACGCUGCAGAAUCACGUUACUGUCGUCAGCUUUGACUCUGGCUCAAAUCUUUUGUACAUGUUGGGAUAAAUACUGUUUUCUAAAAGGCUUGUACAGAUUUCUGCUGUUAUCAUGAGAGUUUGCACCAGACGUUUAUCACAGGAACCUGCGUGUGAGGUAGGAAAGUGUCGCUAGCAUCGAAUUUGAACUCGCACUGUUGCUAAUAUGAGACACGAGUCACGACUCAACAUUCUUUUAACAAUAUUUUAUUUUCUUCCUGCCAACAAAUCCCAUGAAAAGACCAAAUCCAAAAUCAAGAUUCAAAGUCUGUUUAUAUAUUAUUGAUUAUAUCUUAUCCAUGACAAACUAUUAGAAAGAAUGAACGAGCCACACUGUUAUACUGGGUGUAUGUGUGUGUGUGUGUGUGUGUGUGUGUACACACACACACACACACACACACACACGUAUAUCACUAUACACAGUCCUGCCGCUAAAAUACUCACUGAAACACCAAAUGCAUUUCCAUCCGCUGGUGAAAAUAGUCCCCAAGUAAUCUACAGUUUACUGUCGUGUGAGCAGUGUUUGAUAAACACCACAGCGUCCAGAUCUUCUAAGAAGGUUAACUAUAAAAAAGCGAUGUAUUUGUGGAUUGUUUUUAAAGGAAUCGGUGACAUUUCAGAGUGUUGAAGUCGUUACGUAUGUAAAGUUGAUUCUGGUCUUUUCAUGGUAUUUGUUGAUUAAGAGAUAAAUAUAACGACAGUCUUAUCAUUUUAACAUUAGUAGCCAUGGACAAUAAGGAGCCACAGUAUUUGUCUCAAAUGUCAUAAUGACACAAAUAAGUGUCUGGUAGUUUUUCAGCCAGUACAUCUGAUAGAGCUUUCCAGAUGUUUGCUACCACAGUGCCCAUCUGGACUCAAACAUCGCACUUCAUGUUGACUAUAGUGCCACAACUGAAAGAGAAGCAGAUUGUGUUAUGAGGCUUUUUCAAAGUGUUUUAUAAAAUAGAAAGAAAAAGAUGUGUUCCUCAUCACUGCAGCUGAUCUAAUAAUGAUGCUUCCAUUCCUCAGUGAUUUAUAUCACACUGUUUGUUCACAUUCCUUUUUAUUUUUAAAUGUACAAUUACAGAUGUUGUCUAACCCUUGAGAUCAUUUUCUUCCACAUUGCUGAAAGGAUGGUUUUUGUGCCUCAGUAUUUCAGAUAGGACACAGAGUGCAAUACAUAGAAAAGCUUAUGUACGUUUGAAAACAAAAUGUAUUUUCAUGAACUGUAACAUUUCCUAUCGAUUAAAAACAUUGAAUAUUCUAACUAAAUAAAUUUACUAUCAGAAUA